UAAUUAGUUUGCCGAGGCUACGCGGGGAGACGAAAGAGGAGAGAGAAGAGGGGAGAACCGGAGAAGUCUUCGUCCUCUUUUCUCUUCUCUCCUCCCCGAUCCCAUAAAUUACGUCUGCAAUGUUUUACUUCUUCAGUUUUUCGGUUGUUUUUCCCUCCUGCCAAAGAAGAAUGAAGAAAGAUUCCCUCUUUCUUGCUCAUAUCUCCUUGCUCACCGUUCAAGCUCUAGUCGUCUUCCCAAAACGUACCUGUUUCUAAUUUACAAGUGCUUCGUCUGUCUUUUGAUUCAACUCGGAAGGUUUUCUUAGGGUAUACAGUUUUCGGGUUGGGUUUUCAACUUCAGAGUUCAGGCUUAUCAUGUUGCUGCUGGUUCUGUUUUGAUCGAUUACUGCUGAGAUUGAAUCGAUUAUUUACUCCUCUUAGGUUUUCGUAUGAGCUUUGUUGGCUUCGGAAACAUAGCUUCAUUUAGGACGGGUUCCCCUACCCCCUUGUUAUUAGUUUUUAUUAUAUGAUUUAAAUUCUUUGAUUAUUUCUCCUUAUCAAGCACGCUUUAUUUAUUGUGCACGUUCUCGUUGAUCAAUUUCUUAAAAUUUUCUCUCUAAUGGGCUGUUGAGUUCAGAAAUUGCUGUUUCUGGGUAUCCUAUUUAUGAUCCAACUUUGUUCUAUCAUUCCUCGCAAGAAUUGGGGAUUCAAAAAACAUUGUUGCUGUUUGAUUCUUCCAUUUUCUUGUUUCUCUUUCACUUUUUCUUGCCAUCUUCUGAUUUUGAACCGUAGUUUCUCUUGUCGCUUUGCUCCGGCUUGUUAACCUGCCUCAUGAGGCUAUACGUGCAAGUCAUCGAAGCCCGUGGUCUCCCGGCCAUGGAUCUUAAUGGGCUGAGUGAUCCCUAUGUGAGACUACAGCUUGGGAAGCAACGUGCAAAGACAAAGGUUGUGAAGAAGAGCUUGAACCCUUUUUGGGAUGAAGAGUUCAACUUCAGGGUUGGAGACCUAAAGGAAGAAUUGAUUAUCUUAGUAUUAGAUGAGGACAAGUACUUCAGUGAUGAUAGUAUCGGCCAAGUUAAAUUGCCGUUGGCUAAGGUCUUGGAUGCUGAGAAUUUAUCACUUGGAUCUGCUUGGUAUCAACUCCAGCCCAAGAGUAAAAAAUCCAAGAACAAGGAAUGUGGAGAAAUUCGUCUUACCUUAUCACUGUCUCAGAGCAAUCCUUCCUGCGAUGGAACCCCCCCUCGGACUUGUUCUGAAGAUUUAACAUCACAUUCUGAUAAAUCCUCAGAACUUAAAAGAGAAUCAUUGUCGGUCGAGUCCAACGGGAAAAUAGAUUCAUACUCUGUGUCUGAGGCUGAAGAAGCUGAACCAGAUAAGGAAGAGAAAUCACAGUCUCGAGCAUUUUUUGACCGAAUGUUUCAAAUUUUUUCUGGGAAGAGUACAGAAAUUACAAAGUCCACAAGUAGAGAUAUUGAUUUUGUUGAAGUAAUCCAAGAGGAACCACUAAAACCUGAGGCUACUGAACUAGCAGAUGAUACUGUUUCCAACUCCACGUUUGAUGAGUUAUUGAAGAUUUUGGAAUCAAAAGACCAGGGAGGUGAAAUGCCAGAAAAUUUAACUGGCGGAGUGAUUCUUGACCAGUCUUAUGCAGUCUCCCCCAGUGAACUCAAUACCAUUAUAUUUUCUCCAAACUCUAACUUCUUACAAUCCUUAGCAGAGAUUCAGGGAACUACUGAUCUAAAUAUUGAACCCUGGAGAUUUGAAAAUGGAGAGAGCCUGAAAAGAGUGGUCACCUACAUUAAAGCUGCAACUAAAUUAGUUAAAGCAGUGAAAGCUACAGAGGAGCAGAUUUAUCUAAAGGCUGAUGGUAAAAACUAUUCUGUUUUAGCAAGUGUGAGCACUCCUGAUGUUCCAUUUGGUAGUUAUUUUAGGUGCGAAGUUCUGUAUUGCAUAAUGCCAGGCCCUCAAUUGCCAUCUGAAGAGGAGUCAUCUCGUUUAGUGGUUUCUUGGCGCAUUAAUUUUUUUCAGAGUACUAUGAUGAAAGGAAUGAUUGAAAAUGGCGCAAAGCAAGGCCUUAAAGAUAGUUAUGUUCAGUUUGCUGAGCUGCUCUCUAAAAAUGCCAAACCUCUUGAUUUGAAAGAUGUUGAAUCCAGCAAAGAGCAGAUUUUGGCUUCUUUGCAGACCGAACAAGAGUCAGAUUGGAAGUUAGCUUGCAGGUUUUUUGGAAAUUUCACUGUCAUAUCCUCUAUUUUUGUGGGGUUGUAUGUUACUGUGCAUAUACUUCUUGCAAACCGUAGUAUGAUCCAGGGGCUUGAGUUUACAGGCCUAGAUUUGCCAGAUUCUAUCGGUGAAGUAGUAGUUUGUGGUGUCUUGGUCCUUCAAGGAGAACGUGUUCUGAAAAUGAUAGGUCGCUUCUUGCAGGCAAGGAAGAAGAGAGGAGCCAUUCCUUUUUCUGUACUUACAGAAAGUGAUCAUGGCAUAAAAGCGCAAGGAGAUGGAUGGCUGCUUACUGUUGCCUUGAUUGAGGGAAGUGAUUUAGCAGCAGUUGAUUCAUCUGGUUACUCUGAUCCUUAUGUAGCAUUUACUUGCCACGGUAAAACAAAAACAAGCUCAAUCAAGUUCCAAACACUGGAUCCUCAUUGGAAUGAAAUUUUUGAAUUUGAUGCAAUGAUUGAUCCUCCAUCAACAAUGGAAAUUAAUGUGUAUGAUUUUGACGGACCUUUCGAUGAAGCUGUUUCACUGGGCCAUGCUGAAGUCAACUUUCUCAAAUCUAACUUAUCAGAAUUGGCAGAUGCAUGGAUUUCUCUAGAGGGAAAGUUAGCUCAGGCAUGCCAAUCUAAGUUACAUCUGAGGAUCUUUCUUAACAACACUCGAGGUGUCCAAGUUGUUUCAGACUAUCUAACAAAGAUGGAGAAAGAAGUUGGUAAAAAGAUAAAUUUGCGGUCACCUCAGACAAAUUCAGCAUUCCAGAAGCUAUUUGGUCUACCACCGGAAGAGUUUCUUAUCAAUGAUUUUACUUGUCACUUGAAGCGCAAAAUGCCAAUACAGGGUCGUCUGUUUCUUUCUCCAAGAAUAAUUGGAUUUUACACCAACCUUUUCGGACACAAGAUCAAGUUUUUCUUUCUCUGGGAAGAUAUCGAGGACAUUCAAGUUGUUCCCCCAUCUUUGACAUCAAUGGGUAGCCCUUCUUUAUUGAUUAUUCUUCGCCGAGGUAGAGGUUUGGAUGCAAGGCAUGGAGCAAAGUCCCUGGACCCAGACGGAAGGUUGAAAUUCCAAUUCCAAUCAUUUGUGUCAUUCAACGUGGCCAACAGAACAAUCAUGGCAUUGUGGAAGGCAAAGUCUCUAAGCCCUGAACAGAAGGUGCGAAUAGUGGAAGAAGAGUCCGAAGAGAAGGAACUCCACUCAGAGGAAAGUGGAUCUUUCCUGGGUGUAGAAGAUGCCAAAAUGUCUGAGGUUUUCUCCUCCAUUGUUCCCGUUCCUCUGAACUCGCUUAUGGAGAUCUUUGACGGAGAUUCUUUAGAGCAAAAGGUGAUGGAAAAAGUUGGUUGUGUCGAUUACUCGGCUACACCAUGGGAAUCUGUCUCCCCUGAUGUGCACCAGAGACAAGUCAACUACAAAUUCGACAAGAACAUCUCUCGCUACGGCGGAGAGGUGACCAGCACUCAGCAGAGGUCUCGCCUCCAUGAUAAAAAUGGAUGGUUGAUUGAAGAGGUCAUGACACUUCAAGGAGUAUUGCUGGGCGACUAUUUCACUCUUCAUUUGAGAUAUCAGAUUGAUGAUCUCCAGUCAAAAUCCAAGGCAUGUCAUGUUCUCGUGUCCUUGGGAAUUGCUUGGUUGAAGAGCACCAAGCAUCAGAAAAGGAUAACAAAGAAUGUUAUUGCCAACUCAUCAACUCGUCUGAAAGAAAUGUUUCGUUUAGUUGAGAAAGAGUUCUCUACAGGAAAAUGAAAUUUUGCUGACUUCUCACAAAUCCAUGAGGAGCUUCAAGCAGCUAAACUGGACGUUGCGAAGACAGAAAUUGCUGUCAACUGUUUUCAUGCACCAUCAGGCGUGAAGUGAUUUUGCUUUGGGUAUUUAGACCUCUGUUUUGUUUGGGACGACUUUCUUAAUGCUUCUUAAAGUAGCUUUCUAGUAUAAAAUUUUUUAUCUUUGCACUAAAAAGCUAAUUUAAGAAGCAAUAAAAAAGUCGUUCCAAACGAAGCCUUCAUU